CUGAAUAAAAAAGGAGGAAGAAGAACUUCAGCAGGAAGAGUAACAGCAGUCAUCAGUGACCACAAAGGGAAGAGACAGGCGUUGUCUUGUGUGUUUACAGGGAUGGAGGAGUACACCUCUGGUGAUGAUGGCAACUUCAAUACUGAUGAGACAAGUGUCUUGGUGAAGGAGUGUAUUGAAGGAGUCAUCGGUGGAACAGACUAUAACCAAAACAAAGUGAACCUAUGGACGGCCAACAUCGUGGAGCAUUCACUGACUCACCUGGUGAAGCAAGGUCGCCCUUUCAAAUACAUCGUAAACUGUACCAUCAUGCAGAAGAGUGGUGCAGGUCUCCACACAGCCAAUUCCUGCUACUGGGACACCACUACAGACGGAAGCUGCACUGUCCGGUGGGAGAACCGCACCAUGUACUGUGUGGUCAGUGUGUUCGCUGUGUCGAUGUGACAGCGACACCGAGCUGCAGCCGCUCUCCCUCCAAGCGCCGUCAGCUCUGAUGCUGUGCUCAAAGUGACACCGGGUCCUGAGACGAAAUCCCCCCAGGACAACAUUUCUCCCCUCAGACAGUUCUGCAUAUGUACACUGGUGUCUGUAUGGAUGAAGGCUAUGUUCAGAAAACCAGGCUGGUAGAAGCUUUUGUCAACCGACCUUAAUGACAGCCUGAAACACUAAUUAGUCCCAAUCCUUUUUGCAAUACUUGUACUUUGCUCCUAUUUAUACUUGGCUAAUGCUAAAUUCCUGCAUCAUAAUACCUCAAAACAUUCAGCUCAAAGCUUAGACUCCAUUUCCUGAUUUAGCACAAUGCAGGAAAGCGUGUGAGAAAGUUCAUUGUUUUAGUAAUUAACUUCUAUAAAGUGUUUUCUAUUAGUGUAUAUUGACAUUUUAAUAAUAUGUUCUGUACAUGUAUUUGAGAGGUAUUUUCUGAUUUUCUGGGUGAAUUUCAUUGAAAGCAGCUUCAAAACUACGGAUGUUCAAUAAAUAAAUGUCAUUGUCCGUA